AUGGCCAUUCUAUCAUUUAUUGAAAGUUUUAUUACUACAACAAUUGAUUCAUUUUGCUAUGAAUAAGAAACAAAAUAAUUUAAAAACUUAUCUUAAUUAUAUUCUUAAUUAAUACGUGCAGAUUAAAGAUAUUAAAAUUACUUAUUGGUUUUAGAAACUAUGCUUGAAGAGUGGUAUAUACAUUAUAUAAAUAUAUUUAUAGUUUUUAAGUCUUUACAUAUGGUGAUCCAUUCUUAAUAGAAUUUAGUAAGUCAAAAAUAUAUUCCUAGAAAAGUAUUCAAAGUUUGCAGUAUUACAGAUUUGUUGAAAUAGUUUUUCUUAUAAUUAAAUAUAACCUGUUUAAAUACACCUUAAUAUAUAAAGAAAAGAGCUUUAGUUUUUAAAAUAAUUACUAUUGUAAUGAUUAUGUAAAUGCACUCGUUGAUAUCUAUAAUUAAAUAAAAUCAAGCAUAUUAAUUGAGAUUAAUGAAGUAAAUAUUUUAAAAUAUGUUUGGGAUCUGAUUGGUAUUGCUUCAGAAAUAGAUGUUGAUAAUAUUUAUAGAACAUUUUUAAGAAUAAUGUAAAUGGUAAUAUAAAUUUAUUAGAUAUCCUGAUCUAGCUAAAUUAUUGUCUUAAGAAAACAUUGAGUUAUUUGCUAAAGACUAUGAUUCUUCGAUUGCCAUCAUCACAUUAUUUAAAGCCAUAUUCUACAAUAAGUACUAGUUAUCAUCAAUUACAUUAGAAACACUAGAUUAUCAACAGAAAAUAUUUAAUUUAUCUUAUAUCAAAUUUAUGGUAAAGCCAUGAAAUUCUUUAUAAUUUUAAUUUAAUAGUAACUUUAAAUUGCUAAAACACAAUAAAAAAUAUCAGAUUUAUAAUCGAAGCAAGUAUCUAAACUUUUAUCCCUAAUGAGAUAAAUAUCUGGAUAAAAGAAAAAAAUAAUUAAGGAUUUUUCAUUAUUUAUAAUGAUUAGUGUUUUUUAGAACUUUUUAAUUUAUAAAUUUAACUCAAUUUAACUUAUAGACCAUUACUAUUACAUAUACCAAAAUACAAAAAAUUAUUAUAUGAAUGUUUUGAUUGUAUGUUAAGACCUAUCAGAAACUCUGGCUUAUAAAUGUGAUUUGAAUUCUUAUCUUGAUAUAUUUUUAUUUGUAAAGAAUCAUUAAAAGAUAUAAUUUAUGAUAAUUAAGGAGAGGAUACUAUAAAUGAAAAUUGGGCAAUAUUAAUGUUAAUUGGAACAUUAUUGAGCAAUAUAUCAACAUUUUUAGUUUAAGAAGCAUCUGUGGGAGAUAUAAAUGAUUUGUACGUGAUUAAAAGCAAAAUAAAUGGAAUUAAUAUCAAAGGAAAAUAGUUAUUAUAUGAACUUUUUAAUCUGAGUUGUUAAAUAACAUUAAUAUACCCAAAAAAUUCAAAAUUGAUAUUUGCAAUACCU